AUGUGGAAAGUGAUUGUUUUGUUGGCCCUGCUUACAUUCAGCCCUUGUGAUGGGCUGUUUCGCUCCUUGUACCAACGUGCCCAGGUUUUCCAGCCUCCUAGGGGAGAUACAGGACAGCCAUUAUUUCUUACCCCUUAUAUUGAAUCUGGAAAGAUCAAGGAAGGAAGAAAACUGAGUUCGGUCACUGCUUUUCUAGGACUGAACAUACACAGUUACUCUGGCUACCUCACUGUGAAUAAGACCUACAACAGCAACCUCUUCUUCUGGUUCUUCCCGGCUCAGGUACAACCAGCGACUGCUCCAGUAGUUCUGUGGCUGCAGGGCGGGCCGGGAGGCUCAUCCAUGUUUGGACUCUUUGUGGAACAUGGACCUUAUGUCAUCACAAGUAAUAUGACUGUCCUGCCCAGAAACUUCCCUUGGACUACCACCUUGUCCAUGCUUUAUAUGGAUAAUCCGGUGGGCACUGGCUUCAGUUUUACCAAUAAUUCCCAGGGAUAUGCUGUCAAUGAGGAUGAUGUGGCCCACAAUUUGUACAGUGCACUAGUUCAGUUUUUCCAGUUGUUUCCUGAGUAUGAAAAUAAUGACUUUUAUGCCACUGGGGAGUCUUACGCAGGGAAGUAUGUACCCGCGCUUGCGCACUACAUCCACGCCCUCAACCCCAAGGAGCAGGUCAAGAUCCACCUGAAAGGAAUUGCUCUUGGAAAUGCAUAUUCUGACCCUGAAUCGAUUAUAAAGGGCUACGCGCCAUUCCUCUACGAAAUUGGCUUGUUGGAUGAGAGGCAGAGAAAGUACUUCCAGAAGCAGUGCAAUAAGUGUAUAAAAUACAUCAAGGAGGAGAACUGGCUACGGGCCUUUGAAAUACUGGAUAGACUACUGGAUGGCGACUUGACAAGUGAUAUUUCUUACUUCGAGAAUGUGACGGGGUGUUCUAACUACUACAACAUUUUACAGUGCACGGAACCUGGGGACCAAACUUACUAUGGGAAGUUUCUGUCACUCUCAGAAGUGAGACGAGCCAUCCACGUGGGAAACCAGACCUUCAGUGAUGGAGCCGAUGUUGAAAAGUACUUGCGACAGGACACGAUGAAGUCGGUCAAGACCUGGCUCACGGAGAUCAUGAAUAACAACUACAAGGUUCUUCUCUACAGUGGCCAACUGGAUAUUAUUGUGGCGGCUUCCCUGACAGAGCGCUCCUUGAUGACCAUGAACUGGAAAGGAUUCCGUAAAUACAAGAAGUCAAGAAGAGUAGUCUGGAAGAUCUUUAAAUCUGAUAAUGAAGUGGCUGGUUACGUCCGGCAAGUGGAAAACUUCCAUCAGGUAAUUGUUCGAGGUGGAGGACACAUUUUACCCUUGGAUCAGCCUCUGAGAUCUUUUGACAUGAUCAAUCGAUUCAUCUUUGGAAAAGGGUGGAAUCCUUAUGAUUGA